AUGACAGAGUGCAAGCUCGACGCUGUGGAGGAUCUCCCAGUCACUGACGACCUCCCUUCAUCCCAGAUCCUUGCCGAAGCGGCCGACAUCGAAGUCCUGGAUCACAAGGGACAGCCGCACCUUUUCCGAUCGGUCUAUGACGGGGAGGAAACGUCCCCAAGGGUUGUAGUGGUCUUCAUCCGCCACUUCUUUUGCGGGGCAUGUCAAUCGUACAUUGAGCUCCUCUCCUCCACCGCGACGCCCGCUCUACUUUCUACCCUCCCUGUGUCCACCACUUUUGUCAUCGUCGGCAACGGCGAGCCUGCUCUCAUCAACGAGUAUGCAGAGAAAACAAAGUGCCGUUUUCCAAUCUUUACAGACCCCACAGGGAGGCUUUUUGAUGUGCUGGAAAUGGCCAAGACCACGGCUGUGGGUGCCAGAACAAGGUACUCGCCCGAGAGAUGGAUCUGGCACUUUGUAAACGGGCUCUGGAAUAUUGUGACCCAGUUUUCGAAGCUUCUACUGGCCGGGAACCCCAUACGUGUUGGCGGGGAAUUCGUCUUUGAGCCCGGUGAAGCGGGCAAAGUUGUGACAUGGUGUCAUCGGAUGCGGAACCAUCGAGAUCAUACCGAGGUUGACGACCUUUUUGCAGUUUUGGGGAUUCAGACACCAGGUGACGAUGGGCCGAGCGAAUAG